AUUGAACCAUACGUAGAGUAGCGCUCUGUAACCGCUGUUGGUGUGAUCCGGAGGACAGCGGCAGGCCGGGCCAGCCCCGCAGCGCUCAGUCCUCCGUCAGCAGCGCCACUGCCGGCUGUGCGAGACGAGUCCCCUUAUGAAAGAGAGCACUACGCGGGGACUCGGGCGUUGCUGUGAUGUUCCACACUUUAAUCCACCCAAAAGCUCUGCUCACUGAUGCUUUAAAUAUCAUCCAUCCUUUGACUGUAGAAGCUUUCAGCGAGUCUCCUCCAAAUCUCGGGAAAGUUGACUCGUUGUCCAGUUAAACUCUUCUCUCCCCCAGACACACUUUCCUCUCACAGGACUGGCUUUGUUGUUGAUUCAUUUACAAAUGUCUACCUCACGAUUAAAAGACAACACUUCAAUGUUGCAGCCCUGAACAGGACACAAAAUGACCUCGAGCAUUGACCGAGAUGACAGCAGCAUUUUUGAUGGGUUAAUAGAAGAAGAUGAAAAGGACAAAGCAAAACGUGUGUCCCGUAACAAGUCUGAGAAGAUACGCAGAGACCAAUUCAAUGUCCUCAUUAAGGAGUUGGGUACCAUGUUGCCUGGCAACACAUGCAAAAUGGACAAGUCAACUAUUUUGCAGAAAAGCAUCGACUUUCUACAUAAACACAAGGAAAUUGCUGCUCAGUCAGAAUCAACAGAGAUCAGACAAGACUGGAAGCCUCCAUUUCUCAGUAAUGAGGAGUUCACUCAGCUGAUGUUGGAGGCUUUAGAUGGGUUUUUUCUUGCAAUUAUGACCGAUGGUAAUAUAAUCUAUGUGUCUGAGAAUGUGACGUCUCUUCUAGAACAUUUACCUUCCGACCUGGUGGAUCAGAACCUGUUGAACUUUUUGCCGAUGGGGGAGCAUUCUGAAGUCUACAGAGCUCUGUCCGCUCAGGUCCGGGAGGGGGAGAUGCUAACGCCUGAUUACUUAAAAACAAGAAAUCAGCUUGAGUUCUGUUGCCAUAUGCUCCGAGGGACUAUCGACCCCAAAGAACCUCCUGUGUAUGAAUAUGUCAGGUUUAUAGGAAACUUCAAAUCCCUGAAAAAAGUGCCUAACUGUACCGGAAACGGGUUUGAUGGCGUGAUCCAGCGAUCGCUUCACUCUGCCUUUGAGGACAAAGUUUGUCUCGUUGCAACUGUGAGGCUCGCCAAACCACAGUUUAUCAAGGAGAUGUGCACUGUUGAGGAGCCGAAUGAGGAAUUCACCUCCAGACAUAGUUUAGAGUGGAAAUUUCUCUUCUUGGACCACAGAGCUCCACCCAUCAUAGGUUACCUCCCGUUUGAGGUCCUGGGUACUUCAGGAUACGACUACUACCAUGUGGAUGACCUGGAGACCCUGGCCAAGUGCCACGAACACUUGAUGCAGUAUGGCAAAGGAAAGUCCUGCUAUUACAGAUUCCUCACCAAAGGUCAGCAGUGGAUUUGGCUGCAGACCCAUUACUACAUCACUUAUCACCAGUGGAACUCCAGACCGGAGUUUAUUGUCUGCACACACACGGUUGUGAGUUACGCUGAAGUAAGAGCAGAGCAGCGCAGAGAGCUCGGGAUUCAGGAGUCGCCGCCGGAGAUCGCCGUCGACAAGCAGAGCCAAGGUUCAGGCUCUGAGUCCCAGCUCAAUGCAUCCAGCCUGAAAGAAGCUUUAGAGCGCUUCAACCGCAGCAGGACCCCCUCAGCCUCAUCUCGCAGCUCACGCAAGUCCUCCCAUACGGCCGUGUCUGACCCCGCCUCAUCACAGAUGAAAAUACAGGGAGACAGGAGCACGCCGGGUCGCCAGUCUGUCUCUGCUGUGGAGAUGACGUCACAACGGAGGUCUUCAGUCAGCAGUCAGCAGUCGAUAAGUUCCCAAAACACAGGACAGAACAUGGUGCCUUCUGUGGUUUCACAGCAGCAGCAGCAGCAGAUUCCAACCACCCAACCAGUGCAGUAUUCUGGCCAGCUAACGGCCAUGCAGAACCUGAAGGAGAAGCUGGAGGAGAGAGCUCGGACAAUAGAAACGAACAUUCAGCGACAGCAGGAUGAGCUGCGGCAGAUCCAGGAUCAGCUGCAGAGGGUGCAGGGACACAGUGUUCAGGUUUUCCCACAGAAAGGAGCUGGAGGUGUGACUGCUCAGAUGUCUCAGGGGAGCGCCGGGCAGCAGGGGGGGUCUCUGAACGUUCAGGGUCAGGUGGUCUCUUCAGGGCCUGUACAGAACAGCACACAGCAACAGCCGGCCAUCCAGCCCCAGCAGCUAAAACUCAGGACAGAACAUGGUCCAGCACUCUCACAGUCUCAACAAACUCCCCUUCCUGGAUCACUCUACAACACUAUGAUGAUCCCACAGCAAAAUCCAGCUAAUGUGGUUCAGAUUUCCACAACCCUGGCACAAAAUUCCAGACCCUGCGCUCCUGCUGUGGCAACAUUUGCACAGGACCAUUCUGCUCAGAUAAGGUUUCCUGCAGGUCCCCAGCUGCUGACUAAACUAGUGACAGGACAGAUGGCAUGUGGAGCAGUCAUGGUUCCCACCACCAUGUUUAUGGGUCAGGUGGUGACGGCCUUUGCUCCUCAGCAGGGCCAGACGCAGGCCAUCAACAUUUCCCAGCAGCAGCAGCAGGAGGCGCAGUCACAGCUUUCAGCCAUGCAGGCGGGACAGGCGCCGCUGAGUCAGCAGCAACAGUUUCUGCAGGCUCCUCGUCUUCUUCAUGGAAACCAAUCUACCCAGUUGAUCCUACAAGCAGCGUUCCCUUUGCAGCAGCACAGCGCGUUUGCUGCAGCAGCCCAGCAGCAGAAACCGCAGCGGCAGCAACAACUGGCCCCUCUCAGAUCAGACGGUUUGUCCGACCGCUCUUCUUCACAGCCACAGUAGUAGACUGAAACCAGACGAGAAAUCGAACCAGUGAGGCGUGAGGUCUUUGGGUUUAGGCACGUGUCACACCAGAGACUGAGAGGAGAUUGGAUGGUGGUUUCUCCUUCUGUUUGCUAAACCGCCCAGAACUGGGCUCACUGUGGCUGCAGCUUCGUUUACAUCCUGCAGAACAUCCAGAGAGUCCAACCGCAUGGAUGUUUUCUCUCAUUAAUGUUGUCUGUGUUUAAAAGGGGUCAGAAUGUGAUGGUGAACGACUGUACAGAAUAUUAAGUGUAAUAUAUUUUGUACAUAUGCUGAAAAGAAAACUAUUUUAUAUGAUGCAUGAAAUGCAUAGAUGUUCUUUGCAGCAUUGAAAAUGCUUUUUUCUAGUAUAAGAAAAUCUAUCUUCAAAUGCUCAGUGGUUGAUUUUUUCCCAACUUCCUGUUGUCAGAGGAAUCGGUUUGUGACGGCGUCGAUGCUGUUCGGUUGUCAGUUAAGUUUUUUAUUCCCCGAUCUUUAUUUUUAUUCCACAUAUUUUACUAAAACUGUUAAACUGAUGGGGACAUUUUUCAUGUAUUUUUAAGCUUUUUAAAAUCCAAAUGGUGAAGUUGGCAACUAUUGUGUAAAAAUUAAAAACCUACCCAGAUUAAGCUAAAAGCAACUAAAAGAUUCCCUUUGUGGCAUUUUACGUGACAUUUAUUCUAGCUCAUGUUAAUCUACAGUGUCUAAAGGAAUUUGGCUCUAAAUUUAUAAACGUUUAAAAACAAACAUCGUCCCUUCAAUCUUUUCUGAAGGAGAACGGUAUCUUCUACCAGAGUGCUCAUCAACGGAGUUUCUCCUUUGCAUGACGGUCCGUCGACUAACGGGGCCUUGAAGAGGCGUCGGCCUAAAGUAGAGGUCUUAUCAGGGGAACCCAGCAGUGAAGUCCUGAUUCUCUGUUUAGUUCUGACUCAGUCUGUCUGAUUUAUUCUUUAUUUAACCAGGAAGGUCCCAAUGAGAUUAAAAUCCUCAUUUUCAGUGGAGUCCGGGCCAAGAGGCAGCGAAAGAUACGGUCGCAGCACGUCUGUAUGACUGAGAAAUGUUCUGUCCAAAAUGAGAGAAGGCAGUUCCAACACAAGGAAUCCAUCUCAAGUGUUCUCAGUCUGGUUUUAAAUGUAUUCAAGGAGAUAACUGUUCAUUUCCAGUUUUCCUGCAGCCGGUUUCCUGCAGGAGCAAAGUGAACGAUGUCUCAGCUUAAACGUUUAUUAAUCUAACAAUCUGUCUUCUUUUAAUUUACCAAGGGUUAGGGACGCAUUCCAACAUGAAACCCUCCCACUAUUCUCACCCCUGAACUCAGAUUUACUGUGUUUUGAGUUGUAAUAAACCGCCCUGUUGGGUCAAAACAAA